AUGGGCGUACACCUCUACGACUCCAGUACAUACUCCACGGAGGAUGAGCUCACCCGACUCAGGCCUGCUCUCGCUGUCGCAAACGCCAAUAUCCCGUGCCUCGUCUGGGGAGAAGAUGCACUGGCUUUUGUUCAUUGUGUUCCGACCGUUCUGUUUCAGUUUCACCUUAUUGUCCCAGACGAUGCCCUCGAGGCUGCAUGCAGAGCUAUCAUGGAGAGCUUGCCAUACAAGAAGCUCGAUGCGCCACACCCCACCUGGCAAGAGUACGGCAUGGUGGACCCCAGUCGCCCGAGUUGCUACCCCUCAUCAAUCACCCUCGAGUGUACCGGGGACAUGGAGGAACUUGCUUCUUUAUCUGCGGAUACCUCUAUUGCGGUACAUCCUCAGUCAUUCUGGUCUGUCGACGUGCGUGAUACCAGCCGCUCGGUAUCGCUCGAGCCUGCACCUCCGCACGACGAACGCAUUCGCUUACCCACUAUUACGGCGUUCUUGGAUUCGAUCAUCACUACCAUUUUGGAACCACCUAAUGGGUCCCAACACCUUCAGUUCGGGAUCAAGAUGCGCUCUUGGAUGGGAUAUUUCCUAACCUACACUCCACAAUUCCGGGCGUACCCUCGCGUAUUGCCUGAUGGCUCUUUGGAGCCAGGACAUGCGUCUAUUCUGGACACGCUUUCCGAAGAGAACAAACCAUUCUUCGAAAACUUCAUUCGAGGAAAACAUGACGGUGAUUGGAUGUUCCAAGUCCGACGACGCCGAGACAUCUUAGAACGCAUGGGUCGGUUCGCGGAGGCUCGACGACCUAUGCCUGAGAGUGUAUUACCUCGCCUCCGGAAAAACAAGCCUUGCGGCACUACUCCUGCUACCCGGACGUGA